GGAGCUCGCGCCGUCUUCGCGUGACGUCAUGUGGGCCUCCUGACUCGUGACGUCACCCCGAGAUUUUAUUUCGCUUCGAGCAGCGACUGCGAGCUGCGAGUUGCAGUACUGCUCGUGAUGGCGGGUUCCCUGAGUGGACGAGUGUGCAUCGUGACGGGGGCGUCUCGCGGCAUCGGCAAAGGCAUCGCCCUGCAGCUGGCGGAGGCAGGGGCCACGGUCUACAUCACGGGGCGCAACCAGGAGACGCUGCGGCAGGCCGCCGAGGAGGUGGAAGCACGUGGUGGACGCUGCGUCCCCGUGUCCUGUGACUCCACCAAGGAGGAGGAAGUGCGAGCGCUGUUUGAGCGUGUGCGGCGCGAGCAGAAGGGCCGACUUGACAUCUUGGUCAACAACGCGUACGCCGGCGUCAAAACGAUUUUCAGCGGCAUUGGAAAGCCAUUUUGGGAGCAGCCUGCCACAGACUGGGAUGACAUCAACAACACUGGUCUGAGGGGACACUACCUAUGCUCGGUGUACGCAAGCCAGAUGAUGGUGGAACUGGGACAGGGGCUCAUUGUCGUCAUCUCGUCCAUGGGUGGCCUUCGGUACCUCUUCAGUGUGCCCUACGGAGUCGGCAAGGCAGCCUGCGACCGCCUGGCUGCCGACUGUGCGGUGGAGCUUCGCAAACACAACGUGGCCUACGUCUCGCUGUGGCCGGGUGCCGUGCGCACGGAGCUGGUGCAGGAGUUGGUGGCCAGGGACACAGAAAAAUCCAUUACGGAGCAGCGGAUGGCGAAGGCUUUCGAGAAUGGAGAAACACCAGAGUUGAGUGGGAAGUGCAUAGUCGGGCUGGCUGAAGACAAAAACAUCAUGAAGAAGUCCGGCCGAGUGCUAAUGACAGCUGACCUUGCCUCCGAGUAUGGCCUCAAGGAUGUGGAUGGCAGCGCGCCAGUUAACUACACGUCACUCAAGUUUUUGGUGACACAGGUCCCAGGGCUCGCCUGGAUGUCCUGCGUUAUCCCCAGCUUCAUAAAGGUUCCCAAGUGGAUGCUCAGCCUCUCGGCAUCCAAAUUCUAAAGCAUCGUCGGCUCUGCUCAAGUGCCUCAUUCAACAGCUUAAAAAUGUAUCCUAUGCCAUUCGUAACAAAGUGCAUCUUGAUUUAGAUUGUCACAGGUAUACGUUUACAGUGAUUAUUUAAAUUUAACAAAUUUAUCAUUGGAGUCUAUGCUGUAUUAAGAUAGACACUGCAAAUAAAUGUAAAAAAAUAAAAAUGUGUGGAUUAAAUGAUUGAGAAUACAA